AUGCCGGACUUUCCUGUGAAUCCCAAGCCAUUCCUGCAACAGCAGAUCGGAAAGAAGGUGCUGAUUCGGCUCAAGUGGGGCUUAGAGUACAAGGGCUUCCUGGUCAGCACGGACAACUACAUGAACUUCCAGCUGGCGAAUACCGAAGAGCUGCAGGACGGCAAAUCGAACGGUACACUUGGCGAAGUGUUCAUUCGGGUGCCGAAUACCCAGCAGGCGAGCUAA